AUGAGCUGGAAGGAACAGAAGGUGUGUGCGCGAUGGCGUGUGCGCCAGUCCAGAACCGUGCAGGGCAGCUGCCAGGCUAACAUCGCUUGGUCUUUUAUCCACCAACGCUCCCCUGAUGAGAACAAUGACGAUAUUAGCAGAGAUAACGAUUACUGUGCAUCACGCGGGUCAGGGGGCUUCGAUUUCAACCGCAGCCCAUCGGAAAGCAGCGAAGAUUCAUCAUCUUCGUCGAUCAUUAGCAUAAACAACUCGUCCAGGCCAAUGUUGGACGUGUUCAUUGAGCGGUUUGUGGACGCUUUUAGCCCGGAAGUGGAUGUCAAGUCGGGUCAGGCGGGAGCAUUGCGACGCGCAGCGGAAAUUCGCAUGUUUUCUCCGCUUCUGAUGGAUGCAUUUGAAGUGGUCUCAGCAACUUUCUUCGGUCGGUCCAUUCAGGACCCGCGAAUUGAGAAGUCAGGCACUCUGCUGUAUGGACGUGUCCUGCGCAAUCUACAAAAUGCCUUGUUUGACCCGGAACGGAGCAAGGCUGAAUCCACUCUGGCCACGGUCAUCCUCUUGAUGGCCUUUGAGGUAACUCUCUUGCUUUCUAGUGUACGGUUUCAAUUACUUAACCAUCGUUUUUAA